GGUGUAUAUCCAUUGUUUUGGUGAUCUGUUGAGAUUAUUAGCCUGGGUUGUUUUUCAAUUAGGAGAAUUUGUGUUUGCUCUUAUGUGAAUUUGACCCUUUGUUUCUUCGCUGUUGAAUGUGACUGGUCAAGUUUAGAAUCAUACAAAUGUCGUUCUCAUGGUUGUUUCAUGGAGUCUACAGGGAUUGAUAGAUAUUGAUUUUGAAAGUAAAGUUGAUUCGUUUCUUUGAUGACAUUACAUUGCUUCAAGUUCCAACCUUUUCUAUUUCAAUCAAUCUGUUGAAACAUCUAAUUACUAAACAGUUGAUGACACCAGUGGCAUAGUAAUGAUGUGCUUCCAAGGUCUUAUUCAAAUGUGUCAUGUCUAGCAUCUGUAGAUAGCUUUAAUGCUUUUCUUCACAGCUUAUUCCUAUGGUUAGAGUUUGAUCUUAGUUUCUUUUAAUUUCAUCUUUCUUUUCUUUUACUUCAAAACCACUGGAUAUGGCUUGAAACCACUGGAUAUGACUUUAGUUAUGGUGCAGCACACAAUUGGUUUGUUCUCUAGAGUGCUUGCAAAUAGCUUGUGAAGGGCUUUGCAACAUCACAUUAGUGUUAUCUAUGGAAUUCUCAGACCUGUGAAGCGGGACAAAACAGAAGAAGUUAUCCUCUAAGAGAGUCGCUGAAGCGAAAGAAAAAUUAACUAAUUUCAUAAUGGUUCAGAAGCUUGAACUGAUCAAAGGGGGCGGAGGAUCGAUAAAAAUAGGAGCAACGGGAACAGUUGCAACUUUAAUGACUCGAGAGCUAGACUCCAUGAAACAACCUUCACCUCAGACUCCCACAACAAGACCCAUUAGAACAACUAUCCCUGUCUCAGUAGACUGUGGCACAUCUUCUUCAACUCCAAAAAGAACGAAACCAAGAAAAUCAUCAGAUGAAGCUAGCAGCAGCAGCAACAACAACAAUGUUCGAACACCAAAAGGUCACAAUGCCAGAAGCACUCAUCAGCUUUCAAUGCUUGGCUCUGAUAAUGUUAGAAUACCAAAGGGUCACAAUACCAAAAGCAGUCAUCAGCUUCCAAUGCUUGGCUCUGAUAAUGUGUCGUUGCAAGGAACCCCUAGAAGGGAGAAGAGAAUGAACAUUGUGGACAUUGUGGAUGUGAAAUGCGGGAAUCCAGAUCGAGCUUGGGCUAACCCGAUAACCAGUAGACUCAAAAAGCUUGGAUUCUCUAAACUCAAUGAGAGCAUUGGUUAAGAAGAGCUCUGCAAAUUUAGCCCUAUUACACUGCCAUAUCUGGUUUGUAUAUCCGGUAUGAAUCGGUUUACACCAAAUCACAAUGUAAGCUUUCUUUGUCAAACCAACAAUGUAAUUGUAAACGAACCUUUGGUCAUUACAUUCAUUUUUGUUUUUGCAUUGAA